CCAAAGGUGGUUCAGCAUCAAUUAAUGUUGAUUAUAUACAUGUAAAUGCAUUACUUUGUACACUUGAAAAUAUUUUUAUUGAUGCUAUAUGGGCUAUUGAAAGUAUUGAAAUGAAAAAAAAACGUGAAGUUUUACAUGCAUUAAAUAAAUUUUUUUGGAUACAAAAUGAUUUUUUUACAAUGCAAUAUGGAAUAUCAUUAAAAGAUAAACAAGUAUCUCUUGUACCGAAAAUUAAUUUUUCGAGUUGUUUUUUUCGUUAA